ACCAAACCAAAGCCAAACCUAUCUACUACUACUACACUUACAAGAUCAUCACAAGCAUAGUUGCAAGCCAAGAAAAAUUCAGCAAGCAAGAAAAAGAAGUUCAGAACACACAUGCUGCCUCUGCUGAACAUGCGAGCUGCUGCUGAUGCAGAGAAGAGUAGCAAGCAGCAGAUGAUGGUGGCGGCGAAGGUGUCCAUCUCCAUCCUGGUGAUGGCGCUGCCGGUGCUCUACGUCUCCUUCCUGCACAUCCCGCCGGCGACGCUCUUCAGGGACACCACCUUCUGGUUCCUCAUGUCCAAUUCCAUCAUCAUCGUCAUCGCCGCCGACUCCGGCAUGCUCUUCUUCGCCAGGAGGCCGUCGUCCUCUUCGGACGUCGACCACGGCACCAGCUUUGUCGUCUUCGGCGAGCUCCUGCCGCCGCCUAUGGUCGUCAAGAACCAGCAAGCUAUGGUUGUGAGCGACCUUGGAGACAUCAGCCAUGCAUUGGUGAUCGCGGGAGGACAGCAAGACGACGACGAUGUUGUCAAGCCGGAGGAGACGGCGACGAUGUCGAUGAUGCUGGUACCGUACGUCGACGCCGGCGAGGCCGUCGUCGUCGACGACGACGGCGCGGUGGUGCAAGAAGCAAGGCCACAGAGGUUGACGGCGAGCAGGAGCCUCGCUAGCAGCAGAGAGGAGAGGCCCGCGACUGCGACGCGUCGUCGGCGGCGGAGCAGGUCACACUCGCACGCGCUGGCGACGACCACCGUGCCGCCGCCGGCGGUGCAGGAGAAGAGCGCGGUCGUGAGGGAGGAGAAGAAGCUCGCGCUCCGGCGGACGUCGACGGAGGGGCGGCGACAGCGCUCUCCCCCGCCUGAACCGGAGGAGGAGACCACGGCAAGCGAGUACUCGCAGCUCUCCGACGAGGAGCUCAACCGGCGCGUGGAGGAGUUCAUCGCCAGGUUCAACAUGGAGAUCAGGCUACAGCUGGAGAAGGAAGAAGAGCAAGCAGCAGCUGCCUGACAAGCAAGAACCAGUUCGCCAUGGCCCAUGUACAAAACCAAGCUCAAGCUAGCUCCAUGAUCGCCAUGUCCAUGUCCAUGUAGAUGUUGGUGUUAGGUUCAGAGCUUUUGGAAAUGGAGGCUAGCUAGCUCGAGCUGUAGCUGCAGUAUUGUGAGUGAGAAUGAGAGUAUCAGAGUAGUAGCAGUAGCUAUAGGCCUAUAGUUAUCUUCUUCUUCUUGCUUGGCUCCUCUUGGUAGUCUUCUGCAAUGCAUGGAUGUGCAUGCAUGAACCCAUUUAUGAAUGCAGAAGAGUGAGGUGAGAGGAGCUACUACACAUGAGGGAAUCAUAUAAUUUGUAUUUUGCAUUUUGUAUUUUGUAUUUGUCAUCAUCAAGAACAGAUCAGAACAAUCCAAGAGAUGAAGUAACUAGUAGUAGUUAUAGUGUUACUGAUGAGGAGGUGAUUUUACAUGAAUGAGAAUAAUAGUUACAGAUUCAGCAAUAGAUAUGAAGUACUACUUGUGUAUAUAUGUGUGUAUUUAAAUGUUUAAUUAACUAAU